AAUUUAAGAACGACUUUUCUAUGUACAAAAAUUUUGCAGGUAAAGGUUUUGAGUUUUAAAUUUCAAAAGGCGACGAUAAGGCUCUGUAUGGCGGACAACGCGCAAGAAUUCCUGUUCGAAAACGCCCGGAAAGAAUUUAAAGGCAUCUUACUUAAAGAUGUCAAUGGAAAAAACCAAGACGAGGUUCCAAUAUUUGUGGAAUUUUACGGAAAAUAUCCCGGGUCGGAGCAAGAGAAAAAGACCGCCACAGAUCAAACAUUAAGGGAUUUGAUACGAGAAGAAGUUUUGUCAAAAACUCAUCAAGAAAUCGAGAUUACGCGGACAUUACAUGUUAUUAAUGUCAUAGUAGCUGUAGCCAAGCAAGGUCUAUGCUCACCAAGUGUUCCAUUUACAUUGCUUGGCGAUGUAUUGGACUGUUCAACAUUAGACACAUGCGAUGUGAUAUUUAAAUAUGUUGAGGAAAGAGUAGCAGUCUGGAAGUCUCCUGUGUUUUAUACAGCUGGAAAAAACUAUCUUUUAAGAAUGUGCAACGAUUUAUUACGGCGCUUAUCCCAAUCACAAAACACGGUUUUCUGCGGCCGUAUUCAACUAUUCUUGGCCAGGUUGUUCCCCUUAUCCGAGAAGUCGGCACUUAACUUGGUUAGUCAGUUUAACUUGGACAAUGUGACAAUCUUUAACACCGACCCCUCAAAUUCGACACUAGAUGUCAAUGAAGAGGCUUCAGAAGAGAAAAUGGAGACAGAUGAAGUGAAAAAAGAAAAAAGUGAAUCUGGUUUGGUGGAUUACAAGUUAUACCUCAACAUUUGGAGUAUACAAGAUAUAUUCCGUAGUCCAGUACAAUGUUAUCAGAAGGAAACAUGGGACAAACUCACUGAAAACGCAGACAACAUUUUCCGAGUUUUCGACAGUUUUAAACUGGAUGACAUCAGGGGUGGAAAUAAAACAAAUCAAACUACUCACAAAAAAUCUUAUUUCUCAAAAUUUCUGACAUCAGAAAAGUUAACAGAGCUACAACUGAGUGAUGGAAUGUUCAGACGGCAGAUUUUAACUCAAUUUUUGAUUUUGUUUCGCUACUUGACUGCUACUGUUAAGUUUAAAGGGGCUAAUUUGGUUCUGACUGAAGCUCAGAAAACGUGGAUUUCAACAACUGAAACAAAGAUUUAUAAACUGCUACAAGAGACACCACCAAAUGGAAAGAAAUUUGCAAAAUAUACCAAACAUCUUUUGGAGCGGGAAGAGUUUUGGAUCACAUGGAAGAACUCCGGAUGUCCAAGUUUCAUGAAAAUGAGAUCAAAAUCUGAAGAUGAGUCUCCAGCAUCCAAGAAGAGGAAGAUUGAUCCAAAGAAGAGCUCAAUAGCGGAGGACUUUAUCUCAGGAAAGUCAUUAGGGAUGGGGAGCCCUGAAUUAACAAAACUUUGGAAUUUAUGUCCGAAUAACUUGGCUGCUUGCCGAUCUAACGAAAGAGAGUUUUUGCCGUCAAUUCAAGAUUAUUUUGCUGAGCCUAUUGAACAAGAAGACCCAAAGAAUCAAAUAGAAGACCAAUAUAAGUUAAUAAAGAAUUCUAAUUUUCAAUGGAAAGCGCUUCGUUUGUUGUCAAAUCGGAGCCAAUUAUUUUUUACAAGUCAACCAGCUAACCUUCAGUUUAAAACGGUUCCUGAUUAUCUUUCUACAGUUAUUGGAAAACUAGCGAAAGAAUUUCCUACUCAAAGCACAGAAGAGAUAAAGGUCGAGGUGUCGAACGGAGAUUUAGUUGGUGUUGGUGAUUUAAAAACAACGAUGACAGUUUCGGAGAUAAAUAACGAGGAUGAAGGUGAAGACGAAGAUGCGGUUCUUGAUGAUCCCGAUGAUGAGAUGGAUGAUGAGAGCAACCUCCUGGAUGGGAGUCAGGAGGAUAAUGAUGCAGAAGCGGGAGCAGUCCUUGACUCAUUGUCUACCGAUGACAUCACAAUGCUUGCGACCAAGAUUGGCUCUGAUUGGACGAAACUAGCGCCUCAUGUCAACCUAAAACCAAAAGAUAUUAAAGAAAUACAAGAAGACUCUGAAGACAUUGUUCUGCAGGCCCGACAGACACUAGUGACAUGGCAGGACUUGGUUGGAUCUAAAGCAACUUGGACAACUUUAUCUCAAGCUUUAAAAGCUGCUGGGUUGGAACAGAUUGAAAAAGAAUCAUAAAAUUUAAAGCAAAUUUAUAAAACCUUAGAUCAGCUGCCUUUUUCAAUAAAAUAUUUCAUAAAA